CUGCUGUGAUGGCAGACGACUGCAUGAGACGAACGUUCGUCAUCCUGUUCUACACGAGUUGCCUGCUCUGCGCCCCCCUCGCUUCUCGCCCCGACAUUCUUCUUCGAGGACAGCCAGAAAAGGAACAAACUACAGAAAAUGGUCAGAAGAAAGAUCCUGCGGUCAAGAGUAGUGAAAUAUUCAAGUGGGCAGCUUUUCAGAAUCAAAGGCAGCCAGUUCAGGUCAAAAUAGAGCAAGAACUGCAGAAUCUUCAAGAUGUUACACUAAAAUACAGUCAGGAUUUGAGUCCAGUGACUAAUGUGGGGGAACAAAAAGAGUUAAGUGACUUCGUCCAAGCAUCAGGGGAUAUUCCGAAUGCAAUACAUGAACCGGCCAAUGGCAAAUGGAAACGGUCAUCAAAUCCUGUCAAUCCAUUCCCAGCUCCCAGCCAUGGAGCCCAACUCCAAAAAUAUUUGCCCAAGAAUCAGUUACAGAUCGAGGCUCCAAAGGAGGAACAAGAUGCUGACGAAAAUGAUGAACUUAUCAAAGAACUAAAAAACCUGCAUUUACAGAGAGAGCCCCCGAAAGCAUUUAAUUCAAAUCAAAGAGAAACAGUUCCCUUCUUUCGUCAUAUGCUUGACAGGAAAACACAGACAGAAAACAAAGAGACCAGUCCGAAACCGGAACAGACAAAAAAGGAUGCAGAUAACUCGAUUAAAGAAGAUAAUUUGCAGGACGCAGUUGGGCCGGGAAAAGAGCAAGGCAAAAGCAAAGCGCACAAUGUACAAGACCUUUGGCAGGGAAGUAAACAUGAUCAUGAAAAAGAAACUGGCUUCGAAGCAAGUUCAAAGAAGUUGAAUAAUAUGAAACGGCCCUUAGGGAAAAAUACGGAUUAUCAAAAGGAGGAGUACAAAGAAAUUCUGAAAGCAAAGUUAGCAAAAGAGAUGGCAGAACUUCAACAAUUGGGUGGAACAAAGGAAGAAAUCAUGAGACUUUUGCCGAGCUUUGAUUUUAAAUUCAAUGGCUUCUUGGAUCCUCAAUUAAACCUUUAUCAUGACAAAAACGUUAAUCAAAAAUUUAACCCCUUUGAGAUGCCUAAAGUACAUGAAAAUGGAAAGCAACAACAUUCCAGGUUCAAUAGCCUAGUAGAAGACAGACUAAUAUCGGAUGGGAAGCCUGCACUUUGGCGGCCAACAGCGCAAACAAAUACUCAUUACCAUCAAGCAGUGCCUGAAUUCAGAAGUAAUGCUACUGCAAACAUGCAUUUUAAUAACCCCACUAAACAUCCAGUGGGUCCACAAUAUAUGCAGAUGAGAGAACCACAGCUAAGUGCACAUAUGAAUCAUCCCAUUACAAUAAAAGAUGCCAUUCAAAAUUUACAAAGAGGAAAUCACCCAGACAUAAUGAGAAGUUAUGCAUUUGAUGGAGCAAAUUAUUUUAAUGAUGGCCCAUAUCAUAAGGAAUUACUCACUUUUCCCGGUCAAAACAACGUCAAUGCACAUCAAAACAGAUUUCAGAAUCAGAAUCUUGGGAAACCACAUUUUCCAGUUUAUUACUCAAGGCAUGGACAUGGUCCCCAUCCAUCCCCGCACUGGCAUCAUAAAAACAAUUCUCUUCACUCAACAGAUCUCUUACCAUCCUCAGAAACAAAACCAUUUCCUAACCAUGAUAUGAAUCUACAGCUCAGCCAAGAGAUGAAGAGAGAACUACAUGAUGGGAAGAUAAUAGUGUUAUCGGAUAGUUUAGUCCGAUCAAAUUUCGCCAAUAAAUCUGAUAAUGAAAAGGAAGAAAACACACAAAACAGCCAGCCAACAGUAAUGCCUCCACUAACCCAUGACCAGAUGAUUAAGAAUAAAGACUUCCACUAAAUACAGGUUAAAAACUGAAAAAAUGUUGAUUUCUUAGAGAAAGCAGAAAAAUGGAAGGCGUGGUGUAAUAUGUCCACAGAAACCAAUCCAGUCCUUUUUCAUAUGUAAGAAUGCCCUGAAGAAAAUAGACUGGAUGGUGCCAGUAUCCAGCUAAAUGUCCAUAUUCAGGUGCAUGAUUCAUAAAAAUCACAAUAAAUUCUAUUCUUUGCAUUGAC